GAGGACAAGCGAUUCGCAUCGGCCCCAGAUUUCCAGUCAUCGGGAAUUGGAAUUCGUCAGAUUAGUUGGUAAAAUUUGAUUCGGCCAUGGAGAUAUGCAAUGUCCAAAACUCGUACGAAUAUCGACCGCAGCCGCGGACUUUGGCCCAAAAGCUUUGGCAGCCAGUAUCCGAAUGGCCCCUGCUAUUCACUCUUCUUUUCCCCUUUACUUCGGAAGCCGCCUCAACGACCUGACGACUUCGUAUCGCCACUAGAUUUACGUAGCAGUCGAGAUUUCUAGGCAUCCUUCUUCGUACGAUAUGCAGCUGCGAGAUAAUACUACAUCACAUCCCAUGUCCAUCUCCGCUUGCAACCCCUGGCUGAGCAGUCUCGCGUCUCUUUUUCUCUUUCCGCUUGUCCAAGCAGACACACUACAGCCGCUCCGACUGCCAUACUGGUACAAGCACAUGCAUCCGAUGCCUGCUACUCCAUCUCUCCCGACGGAGUGCUCUAUAAAUGCACCGUCAGUAAAUGCCGUUUACCCCUCCUGCAUCAUGCAGACAAGUCGUGCACACCGCAUGGGUUGCGACCCGAUUGGCCGAAUAACACCAGCAGGUCCCAAGUAUAGCAUUCUGAAACCGCGUCUUUUGGCCUUUGAAACAGCGCUCAUCCAGCUCCGCGGGCUUUGGUUAUUCACCUUUCCGCUUGUUCGGAGUCUCUGUGGGAGGCAAGUGGCGGAAAUAGCACCAUGACACCGGCGUAGAUGCUUCGCAGUCUCUUAGCCACUUAGCCGCUUCGCUCAACUUCGGGGGCCCAGAAGUCGAGCAAAGAUGUCCGAUGUCUGGGUUUCAGAAUGUUGCUCCCUGAGACUGGAGAAUGACUAGCCACGGAGAAACUGAAGAGCCAUGCGGGAAUGGGGCUAAUACAAUCAAUAGUCCGGGAUCGAUUCGAGGACGUGAUGGUGUUGUUGUUACCCGUCUCCCCGGCGAUAAGAGAGGUUUAUGGUGAGAACGGUAAGGGACCCCCAUGCGUGAAAUGCUGUAAUUGGACGCCGAGGGUUACUAAAAGAGUGGUUUUUUUCCCGUAUUUUCGUUAUCUGCAAUUCCCGUGGCACAGGCGAGAUUUGGAUCCCGAGUUUGGGCCACAAAAAGAAAAGAAAAGACUGAAAACCGUUGAACAUGGUUGAAGAAAAUGGCCUGAUUCUUACGACAGGCGUGGAAAUUACGCUGCAGAUCCAGGCUCCAUAGGCA